AUGAACCGUUAUCAAUCUAAAAUGAACUUUGCAGCCAAAACCAAAGCCAGGAGCUUUGCAACAAUGGGUGCUGGUUUUGUGGAUCAAAUUGAGACCAGAAAAAUGGAGGAAAGAUUGCAGCUGAUGAAAAAGACAAUGGAGCUGGAACGAGAGGAAAGGAAGAACCGUGGUGGACAGUUCUGGAAGUCUGGGCAGAAAGGCAAACUGACUACUUAUGCCAAUACAGUUCUACAGUCCAGACUUUCCAACAAGAAGGUUGGAAAAGUGAAGAUGCUGACAGACGAACAACUCAAUCUGCCAAAUCGAAAUGAAGCUUUUUCUUUAUCCAAAAAACUUAGCGACAUCUCCAAUACUUCUCUUGAUGCUUUUAAGACGAGCACCAGAAAUAAUGCGAAACUGUGUGGCCAAUGUGAGUCAAAUGAGGCAGCAUUGUGCUGCAUCCAAUGUACAGAAGUAUAUUGCACAGACUGUUUUUCUGCCUAUCACAAAAAAGGAGCUCUCAGGAAACACAGAUCCAUCUCCCUUGAGGUAUCAAGCACCCCAAGAUCAAAGGUUCCAAAUUUUGAUAAAAGAUUAUUUGAGUUGAAUUUGACUCCAUUGGCAGCAGAUAUGAAAUUGCAGAGUGAUGCCAAAUCUUCAUCUGGUGCCAGUGGUCACUUGAAAACGGAUGAAGAGGAAGCAGCUGUGUCUUCUCUUAUGGAUGGCAAUUAUAAUGAAGCUGAGAGUGCCGCUUCCUUCCAGGAAGCCCUACAGGCUUGGAGAACGAACAACCGCUCUUCUGGGGCUGCAGGAGCAGCAGCAGACGCAUCAAUAGGGUUUGGAACUUCUGGGUCUCAUGCUGCGGAAAUCUCUUCGUCUCAGCCGAAACCAACAAAUAAUGAAGGCGUUUACACUAACAGCAGCACAAGUACAACGGCGGUGACAGCCGGUCUUGCUUCUCUGAUGGACAAUACCCAGAGUCACACACUAUCCUACGCAGAACGUCUUUUGGUAAAAAAAAAUCGCCGAAUUCCGAUCACAUGGGAACAGGAGCCACUGAAUACAACAGAGCCAUCAGAAAGAAAAGACAAUUCCGAACAGAGGAAAACACUGGGUACAGAAGAGUCUUCAAGUGUUUUAAAUUCAUCAAAACUGCCAGAGAGACUUAGUGUUGAUGAACCUGUGACAUUUUCUUCAUUGUACCAUUUGGUUGCCGAAGACGUUACGGAAUCAGUUCAGCUCAACACGUUGAAGAGUCAGUUCAGCCCAACACCAAAAGAAACUAUGCAGAAUGAAUUAACCUUGAAGUCUGAAGUUUCAACAACACCAGCUGAAAACUUUUCUGAACACAGGUAA